AUGACGACAAAUCUCCCAGCAACCCCUCUCCUCCCCGAUGAACAGAAGCUAGCCACCGACGGCGCGAAUUGGGCCAACUUUAAAGAGAUCAUGAUCAGCAUGGCAAGAGGACGUGGUGUGGAUGGUUACAUGUUUGGGACCGUUCUGAACCCAACUGCCUUCGUUACGUCCAGUGCCGGAUAUACCCCUCUGAAUGCUACUACACCUUCUCCGGACAAAUACAUGUUACGAGAUGGAUGGGUGGCAGCAAUGCUCUAUCAGAACAUCAAGGACCCACGGUCGCAUGAUCUGAAGGGGUCAGACUUGACAAACCUCAUCUGGACGACCCUCGUCAGCAAGUUCAAUAGAAGCACCGAGCUGUUGUACCUAAUGUCCCAUAUUGACGAGCUAGUGAAACACCGCGCAGAAGUGCACGACAUUGGUGGAAGCAUCCUUGACCCGCUGAUGUGUACGAUCAUCUUAUUGUCGCUGCCAAAAGAAGAGUUUGGAACGUUACUGAUUGCCCUCCAAAUACACAAAGUGGUGGCUCAUCUAGUGCAACAUCUACGCGAAUGGUGGGACUUGGUUUGGAAGAAGCAAGUGGAGGAGGAGGGAGCAUCAGCGAACGCUCUGGCCACCGUGACGAACAACUCACUCUGCGAGAACUGUUGGAAACCACCCUGUGGAAAGGAACCCGCACUGGGACUCGUUCAGGCUCACCGUCAAGCCAGAGAAAACCGCCGAAACCACGCACAGCCAUACAUAAACCACCAAAUCGCCGCCGCACAAGCUCCAGACUCGCCGCCGACCACUGCCUAUGCCAGUCCGAUGGCUACGUACGUCCUUGCCGCCGAAACGCAUGACGACGAAUGGGACGUGGAAGGUCACACCCUACUGUUCUGA